AUGUUAGAAGGGACGCGCCGGUGGUUCAGGCGCAAUCGCACCAGGUUUGCCGUCGGAGCAGGCUCGUUGGGACUGGUCUACCUUGCUGGACAGUAUGCAUGGAGCAAAUGGCUCGAGGCACGCCAGCGCAUGGCAGACGAGAGGGUCUCGAAGGAAAACCUCCGACGCCGCUUCGAACAGAACCAGGAGGACUGCACCUACACGGUGCUCGCCUUACUCCCUACCGUACGAGAAGAGAUCAUCGGUGCACUCCCGGUCGAAGACAUUACCAAUGAGCUACAACGCCAACGAUCAGAGAAGAUUGCAAGAAGCGGCGGGCCAUCAGAAGCAGCUUCCUCCGAGUACCCAUCGGCCCCUGCCAGUACAAUCGACGACUCGGCCAGCAUGUCCAGCUUCCAGACUGGCAGCUAUAUCCAUGCCAGUCAGAUGGCUGACAGCCAGGACGGCAGAUCGCUCCUGAAGAAGAAGUCAAAGGCACAGCUGUGGAACGACAUGAAGAUCAGCUCCAUCACAAGAGCCUUGACUCUACUAUACACCCUCUCUCUCCUCACGCUCCUGACCCGCAUUCAGCUGAACCUCCUCGGCCGCCGUACCUACCUGUCCUCGGUCGUCUCUCUGGCCAGUCCUCAGGCCGCCACUGACUCUACGCAUAUCUCCAUGGAGAACAAUGAUGACGACAACUACGAUAAUGUCUACGGGAACGAUUUCGAGACGAAUCGCAAAUACUUGACCUUCAGCUGGUGGUUGUUACACAAGGGCAGCAAAGAGAUUGCCGACAAGGUCAGCGCUGCCGUCAGGCACGUCUUUGGUCCUGUCAACCCGCGCGAGGAUAUGACACUUGAGCGUUUGAGCCAGCUCAUCCUUGAAGUCCGUAAGCAGGUCGAGGGUGCCACAGAGACCGAGCGCCGUGAGCAUAGGUGGCUAUCAUACAUGCUUCCUCCUCGGCAUCAGGAAGACUUUGUCUUGUCCGAGUCAGGCAUUGAUGCCAUGUCUACAUCUCCCGCACCGCAGGACACUUCUCAGGACCCUAUGCAUGCUGUCAAGACGGCCGCCUCGAACGCCUCCCUUCGCAGACUGCUCGAUGAGACUUCAGAUCUGAUUGACUCGCCGACCUUCACCCAUGUCUUCACCCAAGUCCUCAAUGCCACCUUCUCUCACCUCAUCGACUACCGUGUUGCUACCGAAGCCUUCAAGAUCAGCCCUCCAGCCCCCGACUCUCUUUCUCGCAUCACCGAGAUCACAGACAAGAAAUGCAAAUUCGCUCAGACUCUUGCCGUCUUCUGCCGUCAGGCGCACAUCAUCGCCGCUGGCAGUAGCGAACCCGAUGAUCUCGUAGUCGCCGAGUCUGUAGGCUCUCAAGUCAACGAAUACCUUGCCGCUAUCGAUCAGGUCAAGGAUCUCGAGGCUUUUGCUGCUGUCAUUUACUCGAGCAACUUCGAGUUUGAGGCUGCCGAGCGAGAGCAGAAGGAAACUACUGAGCAUACUGCACCUCCUGUCGUAUCUAACGAUGCACCCGCGCCGUCCACAGAUGUACCUGCACCGUCUCCUGCACAAGCACCUGCAUUGUCGAUUGAGGAAAUGGACCACGUGUGGAGCCGAAGCCAAGCUGAAGGCUCCUCGGCACCCGAUGCCCCGACCUACAGCGAAGUGGUCCAAGCUCCUGCACCCGAAUCGUCAUCUUCACAACAUCCUGAAGAAGCCCAAGACUCACAGCCAGGUGCUCAAGAAACCCCACAAACAUCGGAACAACAACAACCUCCAGAACAAUACAAGACCUACGCUAUGGCCGCAGCAGCAGCAACUUCCAUCCCUCCGCUUACCCUCAUCGUUGCCACCACAGCCAAGAACGGCAUCGGCAAGAAUGGAACCCUACCUUGGCCAAUGCUAAAGAAGGAAAUGGCCUAUUUCGCACGCAUCACCAAACGCGUUCCCUCCUCUGCUCCCGACGCCUCUUUGCUUGCCGAAACAUCUUCUCAACUCUCCGAUUCUUCGGAAACUGCUGCAACUGCGACUAUCCAGAAAGCUCAAAAUGUUGUAGUUAUGGGCAGAAAGACUUGGGAAAGCAUUCCACCCAAAUUCCGUCCUCUGCCGCAGAGAACCAAUGUGGUCAUCUCGAGGUCGGAGAAACUUGAGGGUGCUAGUGAAGAUGUCAUCGUUGGCGAUUCCAUCUCCUCUGCUCUGUCAUCUCUGGUCAGCAAGGUCAAGGAAGGCCAAGCCGCACCACUUGGUCGUGUUUUCGUCAUCGGCGGAGCCGCCAUCUACAAGCAAGCACUUGACAUGGAACAAGCAAAGAGCAUCCUUCUCACCAGAGUCGAAGGCGAAUGGGACUGCGAUACAGACUUCCCUGUUGAUGUCGAAGCCGAUCAAGCAUGGUCGAGAAAACAAAAGAGUGAGCUCGAUGGAUUCGUGGGCGAGGAUGUCGAGGAGAAGUUGGACGAGGAAGUCAAGGGGCAGAAGGUCGGAUACGAGUUUAGACUUUAUGAGAGAGUGUGA